GAGGACGACCGGGAGUCGCGCGAGCGAGCAAGGGGCCGGCAUUGUGCCAUUAGGUAGUCGAGUUUGAGAGUAGUUGGGUAAACGCGCGGGGCGCACACACAGAUUCGUGGCCGUUGGUACUUCACCACCGGAAUUCUGCGCUUCUGCGACGCGUCGGGCCUUGUUUUUUUUUAGUUUUCUUUUUUAUUUCAUCACCACGAUUCGUUCCACGUGAAAAAUCGUUUGAGCAAUGUUUCUACCGAAUCGUUACGAACACGAGACAAACGCCGGAUCGGUUUUUGGACCGUUCGGGUACGUUGGGAGGAUGCGUCAGUUGUAGAGCGAUUAUGCCGCUUUUUUCUACAUCGUCCGCGUGGUGUUUGUGUCGUUAUCGCGUGAUCGGGAUAACACUGUGCUGCGCGCUUUAAAUGUACGAUAUACGUAAAUAGGCAUUAUAUAUUGAACGCGUAACGAUAUCUUCUCCACGAAGGAGUUUACGCCGCUGCACGUAAUACAUACGCCGACUUCUCCAACGUAACGAACUCCGCUCGCUGCUUCGGAAGACAGACAACAGCGAAUCAUCCCCUGGGCGAAGGUGACAACGCGCGAGACGAUCGAUGGCUCCGACGAGCCACGAUCCCCCUUCUUCGGAUUGCAACGAGACUAGCAGCCGGAAUCUCGAGAGGAAGCCCCCGAUGGCACCGCCUCGUAAAUCGCCGAGGAACUCGUACUCGGAGGAAAUGAGAGGCCAGGGCGAGGAUGGAGAUGGGACGGAAGACGCGGAAGACGCGAUGGGUUUUCUAGGGAAACUCAGCAAGUUCGAGAUGCUCGCGCGACAGAGCAGAAAUUCGGUAUCCCCGAAGGUAUUUCCGUUGGGGGCAUCGACGACGAACGUACCUGCCGAGCGGAUACUCGUCGGGCGCUCAAGAUCUUCGAGUCUCGUUUCACUGCUGGGCAAAAGCAGUGGCAAUCUGAAUCAGCAAGGGUCAAACACCGAAACGAGCAACCGGCGGGUCAACGCUCCUCGAAUCGAUUCGGGGCAAGUCGCGCCGAAACAAAUCCCAGCGAACAAUCUCAUGUCGCGUAGUUUCACCGGUUCGACGCUGCCGACCGGACGGCCGAGCGAGUUUGCCGAAUAUACCCGAGAAUUCGAUAUGAGCCAAAGCCUCGUCCUCGCCAAAACUACGACAACCGAAUUUCUUCGUCUCGACAAAUUUAGCAACGAUUCACCGUCCUCGUAUCAUCGAGUCGAUCAAAACUACGGCUCUGUCCCAAGCGUCAAGCGUAUUCAACCCCCCAGCCCGGCCUUCGAUCGCAAUCCACGGAGGUACGACGAAACAGCAGCAGCUAGAAGUCCGUCCAACUGCGAAGCCAGCCCCUGUCGCUAUCGCUACGAUCCCGAACCGGAGAGAAAGAGAAAAUUGGCCCAGGAAGAAAGACUCCGGGAACAGGAAGUCGAAAGACGCGAGAGAUCACGACUCGAAGAAAUAUUGGCCAUGUGUGCAGAAUACGAGAGGCAGAGCGCGAGCGGAAGCGCUAAUACGACCGAUCGACCUCGUCAACCCAACAGAAUAAAAACGAACGGUUCGUUGCCCCGGGACAAAAGGCCAGGAUACAAUUCUCCGUUCGGUAGCAGUCCGGAAAGUCCGAUUGCAAGUCAACGUCGUUGUUUCUCUUCUUCAUCGACGACCGAGACGAGCGAAAACAGGGCGAAACAGCGUUACGUUGGUGACGGUACAAACAACAAUUGUAGCCACGAGUUGACAUUGAGCAACGAUGACGACAACAACAACAACAAUAACGACGAGAAUAAUGGUUUCUCGGCGUCGGUAUCCCGGGCUCAAAGAACGUACGAAAACGUUUCGCUGCUCCCGGCGGAAAAGGAACGAGCCAAGGUCGAUCCACGUCGAACGGGAGAAACGAUUUUCGGGACGAUACGUUUGAACGGAAGAGCAAUCGAACCGAACGGCGGAGGUGGAUGUUGGACGAGGGAUUACGAGAAUCUCGCACCGACGAGCAGCGAACUGAGUCUUUAUGAGAACAACAAUCGUGGUGGGUGUAGUAGCAACGGCGGCAGCGGAACCUCGAGCCUCAGACGAAACGGUCAUUUGGCCAACUCUUGUCGGGUUAUCGAGAACAAAUUGGCCAUAUCGAACGACGAUCUCCUCGAGGCUAUUCAACAGCUCUCGAUGCUCGCUACCCGAUCGAAAGAAACGAUCGUAGCGACUCCGAAACGAAACAACACCGAGCGAAAUAACGCUAGAUCGAACGAAGCGAAAGCCGACAGAGAACGCGAACGUCUUCAGGAACGAGAUCGAAAUAAAUAUGUCGAAUUUUUGCACAAUGAAAAACUCCAUAUUUUAGGCAAUAUGGACGUCCUGAAGAGAAGCAUUGCCGACAUCGAAGUUCAGGAGGAAGAGAUUAACAGGGAGUUGGAAUUGGAAAAAGCUCUUUUAUCCGCCGAGUACGAUUCCGAAUCGUUGGAGCUGACCGCCGACGAAGGUGAGAGAAUGAGGACGCAAAUGCGAAUAGACGAACUCGAACUAGAAAUGGCCGAGGACACUAGGUCUCAAGAAACUUUACAAGCUGAGGCAAAACGUCGGGUUCAACGGGCUCAACGCGCGUGUAUUCGUCUUGAGGAGGAACUGGCAAAUUGUGAAGCCAGCGACGAUGCUGACGACGAUGAGGCAGCUGCCAAACGUCGAGCAAUCUCUGAUAAACUCGCUCUGCAUCAGGAUAUACUUGAAUCUGAGAGAAAAUCUUUCGAGGAUCUUGAAUUUCAUCAUUUGGAGGAGGAAGCGAGCAAACUGGCGACUAGGGAAGAAUUACAGAGGAAUCUGAGCGAAUUAUCAGCUAAGAUCGAAAAGAGAAAAGGUCAGCUGGAUCAUUUGGAGGCUCAGCGUUCAACAAUGAAGAAUUCAGCGACGAGAGAUACGAAAAGUCUCGAAAGGCAGAAGUUGGCCCACGCGAGAAGAUUGGAGGAGGCCCGUGGUAGAUUGCGAGCAAUUGAGGAGGAAUUGGACAAUUUAAUGAGAGAUCCGCCCGAAAACUGCGAGGAAAAACGUUCACCGAGUAGGGAAGAUUUCGACAGGAUAUCAAGAGUAACGACCGACUCGCCAAUCACGGCAAAUCAUCAAGGGAGCCUGGGUAGAAAGACGAUCGAGUCGCUCAAGGAGAUUGAACGUAAUCGACAACUGCAUCUGGCAAAACAAGGGAGUCAAGUAAUCUCGGAGGAGCGACGACGCGUCGAGGAACUGAAGCGACGGGUCCAAGAUGAGGUUCGAUCUCAAUGGGAGGAGAGAAAGAUGAAUUGUACGUCGUUCAACAGUGUGGAAUCUGGAGAAGAAUCUUCCAACUAUUCGACGGGGCUGACUGAAAGCGGUAGCGGAAGCAGCGACGGAGCCGAAGUUACGGGGACGAGUGAAAAAAUAUCGUCCGGUAGACAACUCGACGAAUUCGCUUCCUCAUCGAGCCCGGGACCUUCCAACGACUCGUACGUUCUACUCCACGGAGACGAUCGUGUCCGACGGGAUGCUGGAGCAAGGCAGUCGACGGAGACAGCACAGAGGCUGAGUGACGCCGCCAAAAGUGUGGUCACGAGCGAAGAAAACGAGAGCAGACCCUUGUCGCAAACUUGGAGUGAAAUGACCGACAGCGUGGGUCCCUUGGUUCAGUCAGCUGUAAAACAUCGAGAUAAACCAAAACUCGGACGACCUCUUACGAGAUAUCUCCCUAUAAAAUCAGAGUCGCUUGAUCUACGAAAUCACAUCGAGACUGCAGGACAUCAUCUUUUGCCACUUAUUCACGAUUUAACUAUCGACGCAACAACAUGCUCCGGAUAUUUAUCGAAGAUGAGCAAAAAGUUUCAUCACUGGAACAAACGAUGGUUUGUCUUUGAUCGGAAACGAAAGAGCCUUUCUUAUUACAGCGAUUCUAGCAACAAAAAAGCACGAGGACUCAUUUAUUUCCAGUCGAUCGAGGAGGUGUACGUGGACCACAUGAAUACGGUCAAAUCGCCCCAACCUACCCUCACCUUUGUUAUAAAAACGACAACGAGACUGUAUCAUUUAAUGGCACCGAGUCCGGAGGCAAUGAGAGUUUGGGUCGACGUCGUAUUCACGGGAGCCGAGGGAUAUCGUGAAUUCGUCGACAACGGCGCCUGAUGUGGAAACGUUGCUGGGGCGUCUGAUUGUAAUCGUGAAAUGCAACAGCAGCAGCUUUUUAACGAGACUGGAUUUUAUCAAGGCGUACGAGUUUUUAUUAUUGAAUAUCGGGAUAAUCAUGUAUUUUAUGAAAACCGUGAUCGAACGUUUUCGGUCUUUUUUUUUUAUUUACAUCUUCGAACGGCCUUGACACAAGAUUAAACGAUGUACGUCGUGGUCGUACAUUGAAGAAACUAAUCAAUGCCGAAAAUAACGUGUUCGCACAAUCUUUGGUGCCAAUUAUCUUAUGUGUAGUAUAAUUAUUUACAAAGAUGAAUUUUUGUAUGAUUAUUCUGACCAAGUAUUACUCCUUUUUAUGUCAAGCUUAAUCCACUUUGUAAUAGUAGCAUUAGACGGGUGUGCACAAUCCACGAGAGUAGUGGGAAGAGGAAGGAAUAAGUAACGUAGAGUACGUUUGAUUGUACCAAACAUUAUCAUCUAGUCUUCGAGCCUGAGCGAUCCGAGCUACAUGUUUACAGAAGUGUGUGUUUGGAGUUUGGCCAAAGAGGAAUAACAUUCUUUCGUUGAGUACCGAACGACGUCUAUGAUCGCUAAUCAAACGAUGCGUAUUAGUUGAACUAUUCAAACGUGCUAUCCCAAAGGGAGGCCGUGUUGGGAACAUUUUUUACGCAGUUUUUAUCGUGAUCAGGAAUAUUAAAGGUAUCCGAACAAUUUGAUUUUCUUUUUUGUAUAACAAAUGUUUUACAAUUGGCAUUAUGAUACUGCUUCGCUACGAGCGAAUCAAAUAGUUAUGUGUAGUCUUUAUGGAGGAUUGAAAAAAUAUAUAUUUUUCAAAAAAUCA